UUCUCUCUCUCUCUCUCUUCCUUCAUAUCAGCGCUCGCCUGCAGCCUCAAAGCCCGGCGCAGCGCCCAGCCCGGCUCACUCUGAAGAUGGUCGGCGGUCCCUGCGCUCGUCGGCUGGCUCGCCGCUCCCGGUCCGCCCUCAUCGCGGCACUCACCGUGUUGCUACUGCAGACGCUCAUCGUGUGGAACUUCAGCAGCCUCGACUCGGGGGAGCGCCGGGACAGCGGCUCCAGCAACCAGGAAAAGCGAGACCGAGUCCGUCUACGCGGCGGGCAGAGAGCCGCCACCAACAGCGCCGGCGAGCAGCCACCUUCGCUGAGGAGAGGAGCCGCGCUUCACAAGCAGCAGCAGCCGGAUGGCUACUACUCCCACAGGCCCAAGGAGAAGAAGAUGCGCACUGACAGUAACAACGAGAAUUCGGUGCCCAAGGACUUUGAGAACAGCGACAACAGCAACUUUGGUGCCCGCUCCCAGCCCCAGAAGUCACCCACGAGCAAGCACAAGGAGCGGCUCCAGGAAAAGGCACAGGCAGAGGACGGCCUAAUCCCAGCCAAGGGCUCCAACGAGGUCAUCCAGUACGGCGAGCGGAAAAAUGUGGUCCUGCGCCAACCUGGGUGGAAUGGCACUCACCAUGAAGUCUCGGACAGCAGCAAAAGGGGUGCCAAGCAGCAGCAGCAGCAGCUGCAGCAGCAGAGCCAAAAGCCUCAGCUGGUACAUCAGAAACAGCCAGGGCGGCAGGCCAGGCCAGAAGGAGUCCCACCUCCGACGGGCAUCCAGAUCAGAUAUGAGCAGCCCCCCAAGUGUGAGAUCUCUGGCAAGGAGGCCAUCUCGGCUUUGUCCCGUGCCAGGACCAAGGAAUGCCGACAGCAGAUCGCUGAGGUGUACUGCCAGCACAAGGAGGGUCGUCUGAUGCCAGACAAGGUGCCACGCCUGUGCCCUUUGGAAGGUAAAGCCAACAUCAACGUCCAGUGGGACGAGGACUCGGUGGAGGCUCCUGUGCAAAACCCUGUGCGGAUUGCGUUUGUAUUGGUGGUCCACGGACGGGCAUCUAGGCAGCUGGCACGGAUGUUCAAAGCCAUAUAUCACGUGGAUCACUACUACUACAUCCAUGUGGAUCAGCGCUCCAAUUACCUGCACCGACAAGUGGUGGCGAUCGCCUCCCAGUACCAAAACGUGAGAGUCACACCCUGGCACAUGUCCACCAUCUGGGGAGGAGCCAGCCUGCUGACCAUGUACCUGCAGAGCAUGAAGGACCUGCUGAACAUGGCGGACUGGAAGUGGGACUUCUUUAUCAACCUGAGUGCGGCAGACUAUCCCAUAAGGACAAAUGACCAGCUGGUGGCCUUCCUGUCCAAAUACAGAGACAUGAACUUUCUGAAGUCGCAUGGCAGAGACAACGCCAGGUUUAUCCGGAAACAGGGACUGGACCGGCUCUUCUUCGAGUGUGACACCCACAUGUGGCGCCUUGGGGACCGCAAAAUUCCAGAGGGCAUUUCUGUGGAUGGCGGCUCCGACUGGUUCUUACUUAACAGGAAGUUUGUGGAUUACGUCAUCAACUCGCAGGAUGCCCUGGUGACCAGCAUGAAGCGUUUCUAUGCGUUCACCUUGCUCCCUGCAGAGUCUUUCUUCCACACGGUCCUGGAGAACAGCCCACACUGCGAGACCAUGGUGGACAACAACCUGCGUAUCACCAACUGGAACCGCAAGCUGGGCUGCAAAUGCCAGUACAAGCACAUCGUGGACUGGUGUGGCUGCUCGCCCAAUGACUUCAAACCCAGCGACUUCCACCGCUUCCAGCAAACGGCCCGGCCCACCUUUUUCGCCAGAAAGUUUGAGGCGAGUGUGAACCAGGAGAUUGUGACCCAGCUGGACACCUUCCUCUUCGGUGCCCUGCCCGUGGGCACACCAGGGCUUAAGACCUACUGGGAGAACGUCUUCGACAGCCCCGAUGGGGUCCACAGCAUCUCGGACUCUCAGCUGACACAUUAUCACGCCUUCAUGCGCAUGGGACUCGCCAGGGCAGCCAGCUCGCUGCAGGGGGACCCCGGUGACAGCCGUUGCAGGUAUCUCCCAGCAGGGCAUCCCGUGUCAGUCCACUUGUACUUCUUGUCUGACCACUUCCAAGGGUAUCUGGUGAGGCACCAGGCCACCAACCUGGCGACCAGCAAACAGGAGACCCUGGAGACCUGGGUGAUGCCCAAGAAGGUGUUCAAGAUCGCCAACCCGCCCAGCAGUUUGGGUCGGCUGCAGUUUGUGGAGAUUGGAACAGAAUGGGAUGCCAAGGAGAGACUGUUCCGGAACUUUGGCAGCCUCAUCGGACCAAUGGAGGAGCCCGUGGGCAUGCAGAAGUGGGGGAAAGGAGCCAAUGUGACUGUCACCGUGGUCUGGGUGGACCCCACCAACGUGAUUGCAGCCACGUAUGACAUCCUGAUAGAAUCGAACGCAGAGUUCACCCAUUACCGGCCCCCCCUGAACCUCCCACUCCGCCCAGGAGUCUGGACCAUCAAGGUGCUGCACCACUGGAACCCUGUCGCGGAGACCCGCUUUCUCGUCACCCCGCUCGCCUUUAACAACAGGAAGCCCAUCCUGCAAGAAGAUGCACUCAAACUGCACAAUGGACCCGCCAAGAACAGCUACAUGGACCAGAGCUUCCACGGGCUCAACCCGGUGCUGCACAUCCCCGUCCACCUGGGCCAGGUGGAAGCUGCCAAGCGCAAUGCCGGACUCACUGGGAAGGAGCUGGAGCGCUGGGUGGACAGUCUGGUGGCCUCGCUCUGGUCAGCCAUGGACGUGUGCGCCGCGGGCCCCACCGGCUGUCCGGUCAUGCAGGCCUGCAGCAAAACCGUGUGGAGCUCCUUCAGCCCUGACCCCAAGUCCGAGUUCGGCCCGCUCAGACAUGAUGGGCGCAUCAGGUAGCGGCCACUGCUGGACAGGAGGCUUUCCUGCUAUUUAUUUUUUUAAUUCCUAUUACUGUUUUUAUAAAACAUUACGGCUUCUUUUUAAGAAAAAAAAAGCAAAAAGAUUUAUUUAAAUUUUUUAAAUGAUGCCAACGAUGGGGAAGGCUGCUAAUGUGAGUUUAUUAUAUUAGUACUCUCCGCAGUCCGGCAGACUUUCGUUUGUUCUUCUGCUGUGCCAUGUGACUGUGAUCACAUGCUGAGUGCCCGCCAUUGGCUCUCCUUUACCCGUCUGCUGCCCUGCAUAUGGCGGUGCCAGCCGGACAGCGGGGGUCCGCGGCCGCAUUCGCACUGCACAGUGGCACACAGUCGAGUCUCAGCAGUUACGUGGGACCCUCAGUCUGGACAUUUUGUAGAGGACGGAGGAACUUAGUGAGGAACGUGGGCCCCUCAAAGCACCAGUUAGUCCUGCGGCUUUGGCUUGGCGAUUCCAUUUUGAAAAGGUGCCCGUGGUGCCCUAAAGCCCCUCUGCAUAUCUCUUAGCGGGAUUCACACGGGAACGGGAACCUCAUCUGGUGUGACGUGGUUACUGGGUGUGAGGGGAGGCCCGCCGCUCAGUGACAUUCUGCUGGGGCACCAGUAGGCGGCGCUGUUGUCAAAGGUCGGCAAGGACCCUGCGCAGGACACGUGUGGCACUUGUGUUUGUGUCAUCUGGUGAUUAGCAGCCUUCCCACCAACUCACCGUAGGGCGAAAUUCCUUCAUUAUGGUACUGUAUGGAUUUGCACGGAUGGCAUUCGGCCACAAGUGCGACCACAAGACAGACGUUUAUGUCUCAAAAAAAAAAAGAAAAAGGGGGGAGGCCAUCGCGUCCCUGUCUGCGUUUGAAUCUGGAGGAAAAAAAAAGUGAUGGGCAUCUGAAGGGGGGCCGGGGGGGUGGCUGCUUGUUUGUCAAUGUGAGUGUGAUACGUGUGUGUGUGUGUGUGUGUGUGCACUUAUAUAAUACUGUAUGAGAGUGAGGUGCCCGAGCGCUUAGGACCUGACAGUGUGUGUGUGUGUGUGUGUGUGUGUGUGAACAGAGAGAGCCAGCCAGCCAAGUGGGGUCUCGGCAGACAAUGUUUGUGUGUGUGUGUGUGUGUGUGUGUGCACUUAUAUAAUACUGUAUGAGAGUGAGGUGCCCGAGCGCUUAGGACCUGGCAGUGUGUGUGUGUGUGUGUGUGUGUGUGUGUGUGAACAGAGAGAGCCAGCCAGCCAAGUGGGGUCUCGGCAGACAAUGUUUGUGUGUGUGUGUUUGUGUGUGUGUGUGCACUUAUAUAAUACUGUAUGAGAGUGAGGUGCCCGAGCGCUUAGGACCUGACAGUGUGUGUGUGUGUGUGAACAGAGAGAGCCAGCCAGCCAAGUGGGGUCUCGGCAGACAAUGUUUGUGUGUGUGUGUGUGUGUGUGUGUGCACUUAUAUAAUACUGUAUGAGAGUGAGGUGCCCGAGCGCUUAGGACCUGGCAGUGUGUGUGUGUGUGUGUGUGUGUGUGUGUGUGAACAGAGAGAGCCAGCCAGCCAAGUGGGGUCUCGGCAGACAAUGUGUGUGUGUGUGUGUUGGGUCUAAUUGAAAUGUGAGACCAUAUGCAGAGCCCACAGUCCGCUCCACAUGUUUCAUGUUCAUCAUUCAGUUGGAGUCCUCGUCGUGUUGAGGUCUGAGUGCUCAGUGCUAGUAUUAUUAUUAUUAUUAUUAUUAGUAUUCCUAUUAUUACGACUGCAGUAUUAUUGGAACUUCCUGCAGUUGCCGUUAUUUCUGGCUUCAUCUGUUAACCCCAAAUUUAAUAAGAAAAUUGACAAGUGGAUAAAUAAAUGAGAAUGAUUUUGUAUUUUGCAUAUGAUAAAUAAUAAUAAUAAUUAAUUACUAAAUGAGCCUCCUCCAUUUGGCGUUGUUUGUGGCUUCACCGCAUGACCCUAAAAUGUAGAGGAGUAUUGGAAAGUUGAUGGAAGGAUUAAUCAUUUUUAUAUGAGUAUAAUAUUACACAUAUGUUAUAAUAAUAAUGAGCCUCCUCCAUUUGGGGUUAUUUAUGGCUUCACUCGGGACCAUAAAGUGAAUAAAGCAAUUAGAAAGUUGAUAGAUGAAUACAUGGAACAUUUAUUGUACAUUUUCUGUAUUGUUGUUGAUAGUCAUGAGUAUGAUAAGAAAUUAUUAUUAAUAUUAUUAUUAUUAUUAUUAUUAUUAUGUAUGAGACUCCUCCAUUUGGAGUUAUUUAUGGCUUUCACUUAUUACCCUAAUUUUUUUAAUACAAUUAGAAAGUGGAUGGAUGUGUAUUGUACAUUAUUAUUAUAAUUAAUAAUAAUGAUGAUUAUGAUAAUAAUAAUUAUAGAUCAUAUAUACAAUAUUAUAUACUUUUAAAUAAAAGCAUAUUCAUCAACUUUAUAAUUCUCUAAUUCAGUUUAGGAUCAUAAGGUGGAGCUAUAAAUAACUCCAAAUAGAGGAAGCUAAAUUAUUAUUAUUUAAUUGUUAUUAUUAUUUAAUAUUUAUUAUUAUUAUUAUUGUAAUCCAUCUAUCCAUUUAUUUUCAAACCCACUUUUUCCGGGCCAGCAGGAGUCUAUCCCAUCAAGAAUCAGGUGCAAGGCAGGGAUGGGCCUGAAGAGGGCACCAGUAGGGUGUGUGUGUGGGGGGGGGGGUACGCACACACACGCACACACACACACACUAGCAACACCACUUCACCCUUCCUGUAUGUCUUGGACUGUGGGAGGUAGGCCACCCAGACAAGGGGAGAAGAUGCAAACUCCAUGCAGGGAGCACUGAGAUGUGAACGCUGGUCUCCUUGUUGCCUUUGGGCCACCUAAUAAUAAUAAUAAUAGUAAUGUCAUUAUUUUCAUGCUCAUCACCUCCGUUUGUGGCUCCUGCUCGCAGCCCUAACUGGACAUGAGGUUUAGGGGGCUGAUGGCUGCAGAGUUGCCCCCCAACCCCAUCCCCAGUGUGCCAUCACACCCUUUGAUUUCUUUUCUCCUUUUUUGUCUACCAGUUGGGUUAUUUCGGGCCAAGGACCCCGUCAUGUCAGGGGUGUGAGUGUGUGUGUGUGUUUGUGUCUUCACAUUUGACAGCAGCCCCCCAUAAAUGGCGUGACGUGAGACCAGGUGAGCACUUUUUCGGUUUAGCAGUUGGUGGGCCCACUUUGCUCCGGGGGUCCUUCGCUGUUGACCCCCUCGAGCUCUCUGGUUCGUCGGUGGCGUAAAGCAGGAAUUUCAAACCUGAGUGAGCGUCACAAUAAAGUCGGCGGGCGGGGGGUCCACACUUGUAGUUGUUUGUUUCGAAUCUAUUCUGUCUAUUUUGUAUUGGGUGACUGGUGACACCAGGCUGUCCUCCGCGGCGUGUCCCCACUGUCUCCUUGCUCACAGGAUGCCUUCUUUUAUUUCCAAAGGCCGUUUCUCCCGCUUGCCGAGCCCCCGUAACGGCGCUUCUCCGCUCUCGUGGGGGUCUCUGUGCGGCCAGCUGAGAAAACGCUUUGUUUAUUUGUUUGCUUUGAAAUUUCACGUAAGAUGACCACAUUGCCAUUAAUUUGUGGUUUCAUUCCGUGUCACAGCUACCUCCUGAGAUGGGACCGCUGAGCUUGCGUGUCGGGUGGAGCGGCUCGGAGACAGAGAAGCCGCCGCCCACCAAACCUCCCACACCCCCCAAGCCCCCCCCCCCCCUCCAACUCCUGUGAGGUGGGCUCCAUGCCGAUGGGAGAACAGUGCUAACUCGGCCUCUUCUCUCUGUGAAUGUCGACGGGCCGGGUGGGUUGGGGCCGACAGUGACGAGGGUCCCGCAUCUCACCCUCCAUUCAAGAGUCCCAACCUGACUGAUUGUGACGGAGUCUGAGGUCCCCGAGAGAUAAGAAAAAACGAAAUGUGACUCGGGGGGGGAGGCGCCAAGGAGCCAAAGCCAGCCAGCAACCCAUUCACGGUGGGCAGGAGCGCGAGAGAAAAAAAAAACUGGCGGGGCGGCCCCCUCUUCUUGACAGCUGCCGCCCACCACAAAUCUGUGUGGAUCCUUUAUUUACUUCUACAGAACGAGCUGGGCCAUUCUGACCCGUUUUGUUAUUUAAAAAAAAAAAAAAGUUCUUGUACAUGAUGAUGAUAAAUUUUAAAAAGUUAUUUUGUUAUAAAUAUUCUGAUGUACAGAAAGUAUUUUGUAAUCUAACGUGGAAUACGUCACCCGUGUACAUAUCGUGCAGCUAACGGCAACGUCCCAUCCCAACUGUUGGCACCCUGACGGAUGUAGAAUUAUUUUUUUUUUUUUUAUUUAUUUAAAGAGAAGCGAACUCGGCCAAUUACUCCCAAUGCGAGGACCCUGAGGGUCCGCCAUCUGACGAGCCGCCCCCGCUACUGGGCGGCCGUUGCACUAACGUCUCUCUCUCUCUCUCCCUCUCUCUCUCUUUCGGCCCUUCCGGGGCCCCCCUUUACGCAAGUGGAGGUGAGAAACGAUUUUGUGCCUUAGCUGUCGUCUCGUCUGCCACUUCUGUUCUGUCUGCUGCGUCCCCGGCGGCUUUUCUGUGUGAAACUCUUCCUGAGCUCCUUUAUUGCACUGGGGGGAGGGGCUGGGGGGGCGGAGCAAGUAAAAAAAAAAAAAAAAAAAAAAAAAAAAAGCCCUGGUGACCAACCAAAAAUCACCUCCUCCUGUAUAUACGACGCUUACCUGUGCUUUUCUGGUUUGUUCUUUUCUUUUCUUUUCUUUUCUUUUCUUUGUUCGUCUGUCUGUUUGUUUGACUGCUCAAUUUUCAAAUAAAAUUUUGAAAGAAA